UCAGUGCUCCCCUCUGCUGCAGCCCUCACCAGGCUUUCCUUGUCUUCCAACAUGGCCUCCUACAGCUCCUCCGCCCAAACCGCCUCCUCCUACCGCCGCACCUUCGGCCAGGGCACCUACGCCUCACCCUCCCUCAACCGCUCUCUGCUGGGCCACAGCGGCGGCGGCGGGGGCCAUGCCUCCUCCAGGGUCUAUGAGGUGACCCGGAGCAGCUCCGCGCCGGCUUACCGGGUCUCCUCCAGCUACUACGGGAAGCCCCUGGCAACCUCUCGGGCUUCCAUCGGGCGCUCCUACACCGGCAUGGGCGAGACGCUGGACUUCAGCCUGGCCGACGCCCUCAACCAGGAGUUCCUUACCACGCGGACCAACGAGAAAGUCGAGCUGCAGCACCUGAAUGACCGCUUCGCCAGCUACAUCGAGAAGGUCCGCUUCCUGGAGCAGCAGAACCAGGCGCUGGCCGUGGAGGUGGAGCGGCUGCGCGGCCGCGAGCCAACUCGCAUCGCCGACCUGUACGAGGAGGAGAUGAGCGAGCUCAGGAGGCAGGUGGAGAUCCUGACCAAUCAGAGGUCGCGUAUAGAGGUGGAGCGGGACAACCUGGUUGACGACGUGGACAAGCUCAAAAUCAGGCUGCAGGAGGAGAUUCUACAAAAAGAUGACGCAGAAAACAACCUGGCUGCUUUCAGGGCGGAUGUGGAUGCUGCCACUCUGGCUCGUCUUGACCUGGAGAGACGCAUCGAGACACUGCAGGAAGAGAUCGCCUUCCUGAAGAAGAUCCAUGAAGAGGAGAUCCGCGAGCUGCAGAUGCAGAUGCAGGAGUCUCAGGUGCAGAUUCAGAUGGACAUGUCCAAGCCGGACCUGACGGCGGCGCUGCGAGACAUCAGAGCCCAGUAUGAGGGCAUAGCCGCCAAGAACAUCUCCGAGGCCGAGGACUGGUACAAGUCAAAGGUGUCCGACCUGAACCAGGCAGUGAAUAAAAACAACGAGGCACUGAAGCAGGCCCGGCAGGAGACCAUGGAGUUCAGACACCAGAUCCAGUCGUACACCUGCGAGAUCGAUUCGCUCAAAGGCACCAAUGAGUCCCUGAUGAGGCAGAUGAGGGACAUGGAGGACCGCCACGGACGCGAGGCCGGCGGCUUCCAGGACAACAUCGCCCGGCUGGAGGCGGAGAUCUCCAACAUGAAGGACGAGAUGGCGCGCCACCUCCGUGAGUACCAGGACCUGCUCAACGUCAAGAUGGCGCUGGACGUGGAGAUCGCCACCUACAGGAAGCUGCUGGAAGGGGAGGAGAGCAGGAUUACCUUGCCUGUGCAGAGCUACUCCACCCUGAGCUUCAGAGAGACCAGCCCCGAGCACCAGCAGCGCUCCUCUGAGAUGCAUUCAAAGAAAACUGUCCUCAUCAAGACCAUCGAGACCCGCGAUGGAGAGGUCGUCAGCGAGUCGACGCAACACCAGCAAGACAUCAUGUAACCAUCUGCAGAGGAGAAGAAGAAACAACAACACACCUGUCCUUCUGGACAGAUGAGGAAAAGAAAAGAUGUGCAAAUAAAACUAAAAGUGAAAAGACUUUACAGACUCAUGAUUAUGGCCCCUGAACGUACUGCAAUUUGUGAUUUUAAAGCAGGGUGGUAACUUUAUCUCUGCUUAGUGGUGUGUUUUAGCUGGAUGCAACAUACAUGUGUGUAGCUAACUAUGGAUGCACAAGCUGCAAAAAACCUCCAUCUAACAGAAUCAUUUCUGUGUUUAACUGACAUCUAGAAACCUUUUUACUUGUGUCUGUAUCUUGAAAUAAGAAACCAUAUGGACUAAAUAGAUAAUAAUGACUUGAUAAGAUGUAGAUUUUUUGCCAGUAAAAUAUUCAAAUCACAUGGGAAAAAGCAUUUUUGCAUCUGAAAGAAGGUAAAAGCUUUUCAGACGGCCUCCGAAAUAAAACACUUCCUGCUCUGCAAUUUAAGUUAAAUGUCACAGAAAAUGUGUUGUUUUACAUCAACAUCCUCUGCUUUUGCAUCUCACAAAGUAUGCAGAUGGAUCCAAACCUCUUGUAUUAUGAUUCUUCUGGUUUCUUCCCUACACACUGUUCCUCAAGGUCAGAGUCACCGUUUUGUCCGAUCAGGAGCAUUAAGGAGGAUGAGGUGAACUGUAUGUGCAUGUUUGUGCUUAUCAAUAAAGGGACGCAGAAAGGACAGAUAAAAAGGAGAAGAUGGAGGAGGAGAUUAAAAGGAGAUGAAGCGAGAGAUAGGAGGAGGAAAGAGGUUGAGCGAGGUAGAAAAUACAGGAAAGAGAGGGACAGAGAGAGAGAGAGAGAGAGAGAUAAUCCCUUGUGACUUUCAAAUAUUAUUUGCUAAUAAAAGUAAAGUGGAUUUCA